AUGCUGUCCGGUAGUCCCGUUAGUGUCCCGCUUACAAAUGAUAUUUUAUGCAAGGCUUAUGACGGAGCUAAAACACAACAACAAGGUAAAAGUCAUCCUAAGAAGCUCAAAAGCUCAUCCUCAGAAGCUCCAGUUGGAAAUUACUCAAGUGAUCAAGGUAAGAAAUCAAGAGUCUGGUUUGUACUAGACACGAAUGAUCCAUCCCGACGAUUUUUGGAAAAGAAAGGAUAGUAUAUUUGAUAAUUUACUACUCCCAACAAACACACCAAUCACCUGUCAAGACAAUCUUCGCUGUUACCAACCCAUGCAGACGAUUGGUCAGAUGGCGUAUUAGAGAAGGGGCAUAAUAAAGUGGAUUUAUUAGAGAGAGAAGAGUGUUAGAGAGAAAACUUAAUAUAGGUAGGGCAGAAUCCAUCUUGACGAAUGAAUCGCUUGUUUGCUGUAUUUGUACCGACACAGAUAAACGUUCAGACGAACUUUAUUUUCUUUGCUCAAGUUCGUUCAGAUUGAUCAUCUUUAACAAAUUGAACUUCCAGGACAAUUUAUAAAUCUAAUCAUUAGAAAUACGCUUUUCGGUUAUGUGGGCGGGGUCGAGGAAGCUUAAGAGAAGUGGAUCAUAUUGGCCAGAUGGCGUAUUAGAGUAGAGAGAGAAGCUUAUUAGAGAGGGAGAACUUAAUAAGGAGGGGACGUAUUAAAGAAGUUGCUCAAUAGGGAGGGGGGCUUAUUAGACGGGGGGAUUGAUAUAGACGGUAUCAGAAUUUACGCAAUAGAGAAUUGAUAAUUAACAUGAAUUAUUAUGUUUCUGUUUAGAGCCAAAUUAUGAGAUUCUAGUUUACAUUGAUUCAGGCAAAGUUAUCCUCGCCGCCUUUCUACUGUCGUUGGUACUAUUUACUAUAUUGAUUAUUGACUUUACUCUUUGCCGUCGAAAGAAAGGAUUUCUUUAUGUUUUGCUUGGCUGUAAAAGUGAUGACGCGGAUGAUUUUUGUCAACGUUGCAGCAAACGAAAUAGAAACGAGAUUACAGUGUAAAACAUAAGUAAGUACGAAGACCUGGUUCACACGUCGAACUUUUCUUGUGCCGAGCCAAGGAGCUGGAAUAAUGAGUUUAAGUCAUUAACGUUAGCUUCGGCGCAUGAUUAAACUUGCUUACAUAGGCCUAUUGUAAACUAGAACCCUAGAACUCAUGUAGAAAUAAAAAAUCUAGUUAAAAUCUUCAUGUUUUGUGUAUGAAUAUAUUUCUCUUAUUUGUAAGUAGUAUAGCUUAUAUAUUAGUUUAUUAUUGUAAUAUAGAUUUUUAUCAUUGUUAACUAUAGAGAUUAUUUAAAUCGUAUACUCUUAAUUAACGCCUAUGCCUGGCUCGGAUGAAUGGUAUAUAUUUAAUUCGAGUUCUUUUAAUUGUAUAAUUAAUUUUCAAGAUUAAAGAAUGUUUUUUAAAUCGUACCAUGUGUCUCUCUCAUUAUUCAUUAUCAAGACAUGGCAAAUCACUCACAGAAAAUCAUGACCGUGCAUGAAUGAAGGAGCUUGUACCUCUGAUACUAAAUAGCUUGCUCAUUUACAAAAACCUCACAACUCACAAAAUAUUAAACAGCAAUAUGGAAUUGAGAUCAUAAAACUGAUAGCUGAUAGACAUAGCCUACGCCUUGCCCCCAUAAAUCUUAGCUGACAAAUCACAUGCAAUUUUUUUAAGAAUUUUUAAGGCCGAUCAAUUUUAGAAGUAUGAAAAUUAAAUAUUUAAAAUAUUCCUCUACCACCCCCGGCCAUGUAUAUAUGUGCUUAUUUUUCACCCUGCUCGGUUUCCUUUGUUCUUAGCGGGGAAUAUAUUCAAUAUUCCCCUCUAAUCAAUUUCCGUUUAAUAAUCCCCUCUAAUAUUCACCUGCAAUGUCUCUGCAGCACAAAAAAUAAGAAAAAACAACAUAACGAAGGCAAUAUGUUGUUGGAAUCCAGCAACAAGUUCUUGGGAACAGCAAUUACCAGAUUUUCCAUAAACGCAUUUAAAACCUUGCUUCGGGACAGACCUCAACAUAAUACUUAAGUCUUAUCAUAUUAUGUGGUGUACUGUGUAAUAUGUAAUGUGUAAUAUAUAAUAUGUAAUGUGUAAUGUGUAAUUUGUAACUAUAUACUAAUUGAAUUAUAUUAACCCAAACUAUUUUUGUAAAUAUGUAUUGUGCAACGGCCUCUUGGAAAACAGCUCUUAUCUAUGCUGAAGGGCUACCGUUGUUUUUAAAGAAGAUUAAAUAAUAAUAACAAUAAUUGCAAAAUCGAACCAAUCGCAAACAGCCUAUUUCCAGCCUCGUACCCAGGCGCUUUAGAAAGAAAAAUAUAAUCGCGCUAAGCUACUAUAUAAAGAUCAGGGCAAGCGCGCAGGGGUGUUUGGGGAGGAGGACGCGACCGGAAAGGGAAAGUUCGUUUCCAGUUCGUUCAAAAGGUCAAUAUUGAAAUUCUUGUAACAUGUAGUCAGUGUCAUCAUGUCGCAAACUUUUGCCUUUGCAAUGUUUUCAUUGCUUCAAUUCGGCGGGCGAAGGAGCGCAAAACAAACAAUUAAACAAAAAUUUCGGAUGAAUAAAGGUAAUAAAAACGAUUCAAAAUAGACCAGAAAAGCGAAGGUUUUCGUCAAGCUUUUCUGUUGUCGAACAUAAAAAUGACAGAAGAUCCUCGAAUACUGUCCCGAUGAGUGGACAACUCUAGUGGUCUUUUCAUUUUGAUUAAACUAGGUCUUCUUUAAAGGGUAUUGGCAACAAAAAAUUUUAUUGAUUUUAUUGCUUCAUCUGAAGGAGCAUGAAAAAAUAAGCCGAUUGGCCGUUUACUGCUCUAUUCUAUCUCAUCUGGUUCCGAAGUUAUACGCAAAAAUGUGCAAAAUAUAAAUUGCUGAUUCAGCACAUUCUGUGACGUCAUAAGCUGGGUAAGUAUGUUUAUUGAAUAGUAAACUAAAGCAUAGCUGAGUUAUUGGCUCAAAUCAAAUGAAAUUUUGCAUACAGAUAGUACAUGAUGAGAUGCAUGGGAAAAAUACUUCUAAUUUCGUUGUCAAGGCAACACAGUCGUUCCCAGGCCUCUUACACUGAUUUUGAAUAACUAGUUGCAUUUAUCUAUGUGCAUGUCAUUUUCGAAUUAUUAUCAUGCAAGUAAACUUUUGGCAUGCAUAGGUAUCAUACACAUACUUCUGAUAUUAUUUUAUUCUUAUCAGUACCUUGAAUAAAGCUGUUUCAUAAAAUUGGCGCAAGGGGCCUGGAAACGACAUUGUUACCUUGGCAACAAAAUUAGAAGUGUUUUCCAUGCGUCUCAUCAUGUACAAUCAGUAUGCAAAAUUUCAUUUGAUUUGGGCCCAUAAUAACUGAGCUAUGCUUCAGUGUAGUAUUCAAUAAACAUACUUACCCAGCUAAUGACGUCACACGUUGUGCUGAAUCAGCAAUUUAUAUUUUCACAUUUUUGCGUAUAACUUCGGAACUAGAUGAGAUAGAAUAGAGCAUUAAACGGCCAAUCGGCUUAUUUUUUCAUGCUCUUUCAGAUGAAGUAAUAAGAUAGAUGAAGCAAUUUUUGUUGCCAAUCUCCUUUAAGGUUAUUAAUCGUCUUUGACAGAUGCCUCGAUGUUUUCAAACUAUUGUGAUUUUGUAAAAUGGUCUAUUUGAACAUACCGACUUUGGAUACAGGUAUAUGUUAUAAAUAACACGUUUCUACUUUGUAGAUGCGAGUAAUCGCGAUCCUGAAGAAAUGGUGGAAGCUACAAUAAAAUUUGAUGGAUCACUUGGUAUUGCAUUCUUGUGGAAAGACGAAGUGAUGGUAACAAGUGGACACAAACUGGAUUCAGACCAAGCGAUGUGGGCGAAACAAUGGAUCAAAGAUCACUGUCAUCUGACCGAGUUUCAAGCAGGAUACACGUACCUCUUUGAAAUUAUCUUCCUGAACAACACCGUGGUUGUCAACUAUCCAUUUGAAGGUCUUGUCUUGCUUGCUAUCACUGAUGAAAGUGGUCAUGAGUUACCUUACGAAGAAGUAUUGGAUUGUGCUAGAACCAUCGGAUUCUUCAUGGUAACACCACGGAUUACUGGUUCGUAUUCAGAAGUAUUGUGGUACUGUGGUGGAAUUGAACACAGUGAAGAGUCAGUCACUCCAAACUGGCCGCCAUUUACUUCUGGGGCUUUGCCAGUAAAUAAAAAACGACAAGAAGGAUGGAUUGUAAGGUUCAACGAUGGGAGCAGACAGAAGAUUGUUUGCCGAUGGUGGAAGAAUGCGUCCAGUCUUGGUCAUCUUGUUCACCCUCAGGUUAUCUGGUUACUCCUCAAACAUGAUAAAAUUAAAUAUGUUUUUAGAAACGCUCCAAAACACUGUCAAGUGGAAAUUCGUCGCAUGGUGCAAGCAAUCCGGCGAAAGUUCGAAGAAACGCUGCAACUAGCUGAAAGAUGCCUUCAGAAGCCCGAAUGUGUUUAUUCUACAUGCAAUGAUGACGAAUGGUGGGGCAAGGUAGCUAAGAUUAAUGACUUCAGACAAACGAAGAAUUCACGUUAUCAGCAGAAGAGAGUGAGGGAGACAAUGAUCGUUUGCGCCAACUUCUUAACGAGCUUAAACCUUAUCGUCAUGCACGUCGUCGUACGCCACCGACCAAAUUCAUGA